AUCAAAUCAGAGAUGGAGGGAAGGAUUGUGAUCGGAUGAAUAUAUGACAAAGAGUGAAGGAUGCAUGCUACACAAGUGCUAAACGGCAUUCGUGGCAUAUUUCCUUUAAUCAAACAACAUGCUCCACAAUGCAUUACAACUUUACGUUCUUUUGCUGCUUUGCCUCGUCAAACAAGAUUAGCAAUUGAUGCAACAUUGUUGGUACAAAGAUUGCAUUUUGCCGAAGAUCAUGAAGAUAGACAUGCUAUAGGUUUUAGACGAUUACUCAAACAAUUUCGUGAACAUGACCUUGUUCCGAUUAUGGUUUUCGAUGGUGUUGGACAGGGUGCACGAUUACCGGCAAAGAUGCGAGAACACGAAAAGAGAAGGAGUAGAAGAGGAAAGUUGACAUUACGAGCCAAGAUUGAGGCCCAACGUGCCAAAAGGCUCAAAAGGCUACAAGUUGUCUUACAGAAAUGGUCGGAAAUGACGAAAGAACAAAGGAUAAGGACGGCGAUCUUGCUACAGAAAUGGAACGAUAACGAUAAUCUAGAAAGCCACAUCUCAGAUCCAGAGGAUUGGGCAGGCGACUUUUUGGAUCAACAAGCUGCCUCCUUUUCAACUGAUGAUGAAAUACUGCAAACGACACAGAUAAGCAAUUUGGAGCGAAUGGCGAGUGACACUCUCAGAAGCAUGCAUGAGCACAUCGAUGGCCAGGAAAGGCAAUGGAGUGAUGGCAUAAAGGAUAGUGAAGAGAAAGAAAUGCUGUCGGAUCCUCUUGCAUGGAAAUUGAUUGCGGAACAGAUGAGUUCUGAUCGUGUAACUCCAUCUUCAGCCUCCCGCAACACUCUGUCAGACGAUCAAAUUUGGUCUCAAGUGAAGGAAGCAGAGGAUUCUACAGAGAUGCAAUUAGCAGCACAGGUAUGGGCUUUGAGUAGACAACAUGCUGAACAAGCUGCAAGAGCAGGAACGAUGGCACGAACACUCAAUACAGCAACGGAAUGGCCUGCUGAAACACCAUCACAACAACAAAUGACGUUGGCUGAAGAUAAGGUGUAUAAACGAUUGAUAUAUUCAGAAGCAGAAGUGGGAGAUUCAGACAGAGCAAAGACAGAUACUGAAGAUGCUCACGAGACCAACCAAGAUAUUCUUACUACUGCUCAUCUUUCGAGUACUGCAGAAAAAGAAGCAAGUGCUGCGACUGCCGAAGCAGAGGCAAGCGAAGACGAACCAUCGACAUCAAUAUUUUCGUUAGAUAAUGUUGAUUUGGUUGCUGCUGAGCAAUUGAGCUUGAUAAGCGAGCGAAACCAACAAAUGCAAAGAUCUUAUAGCAAAUCCUCUGCAGCCCUUUCUCCAUGCAUUUUUACCGAAUCUGCUUCUGUAUGUGAAGCAUUUGGCGUUCCCGUCUUAUGGACCGGUGAUGGAACAAAAGGUGCAGGAAGACCUCAUGAAGCUGAAGCAAUGGCUUCGAUGCUCGUUCGACAUGGGUAUGCGGAUAUGGUAGCAAGUGAAGAUAGUGACGUCCUUCUCUACGAUGUCCCUUUACUCAGAGGUGUGAUGGGCCACAAAAAAUUGGAAUUGAUCGAUUCUUCGGCAGUGCGUAAAGCAUUCUUUCCUCCUAUCAAUAAAUCCACAGAUGAUACGUCACAUCUCACUCCUGCUUCUGCAUUUGCUAUGUCUGAUGAGAUUGAAGAAAUUUCAGCGGAGCAACAAACAACAGACAAUGCAGGUCAGCUAGAAUUGCUGCAUCAGAAUAACGCAAAUCUCAAUGAUGCAGACCGAUUAAGCAGACGUCAAAUGUUGGAUUUUGCACUGCUUUGUGGGACAGAUUUCAAUCGCACUAUUCCUGGCAUAGGGCCUAGAAGGGCUUUGAGUCUGAUUCGUGAUUACGGUAGUAUUGAUGGUAUACGACAAGAAGCGGCAAAUCGUGCGAUACAAGAAAAACGCAAGAAGGUAGGGACAAAAGUGAAGCAACAAAGCACUCAAACGAUUCCCACACCACCGAUUGGAAGUUUGGUAUCUUCUGUUCGAACGCAAUCUGGUCAACUUCGAUUACCCGAUGAUGUAACAUGGAGAGAGUUCAGUAAAGAAUUGACUCAAGCAAGAAGAGUAUUUGAACAUCCUCCGACUCUAUUUUGGCAAGCACGCAAAAUUCGCAAUUUGAAAAGGUCUCCAAAUGGUGAUCCAGCAGAAGUCAUAGAGGAGAACAAGAGGUAG